GAAUCCCCCGGCGGAGCGGAGGCUCCGCGAAGCGCUGCCCUCUCCCCGCUGCCGGGGGCCCCGGGGCUGCCGCGGCCCAUUGGCUGCCCUCGGGGAGCGGGGCGCGCUCAUUGGCUGCGGCGCGGGCGGGGGGCGGGGCUACCGCGCUUAAGGCGCCGGAGUCCGGCGGCGCCCGGGUGGCAGCGAGGCGGGGGCUGCGGCAUCGGGCUCAUGCACUGCACCAGAGUAUUAGAAUAUUUUCCUCACAAACAAGCAAUGGCUGUGGAUGUAGCAAUGCAGCUAUACCUGUGCUCUUCACCCUUGCGAAGAGAGAAGUGUGCCUGCAAAAUUGCUCCGAAGCCAAGCAAGCCGUUGCGGCCCUGCAUCCAGUUGAGUAGCAAGACUGUGCUGAAUGGACCAGAAGAGGAAGCAGACUCCUUCACGCACAACAAAGUGAAGAAGAGGGUGUCGUUUGCGGAUAGCAGAGGCUUUGCUCUGACGAUGGUGAAGGUGUUCUCAGAGUUUGACGACUCACUAGAUAUUCCUUUCAACAUCACUGAGCUUAUAGACAACAUUGUGGGCCUGACAACAGUGGAGAAGGACAGCUUUGUCCUGGAUUUUGUUCAGCCCUCUGUGGACUACCUGGACUUCCGAAACCGCCUCCAGACAGACUGUGUCUGCCUUGAAAACUGUACCCUAAAGGAGCGAUCUGUUGUGGGAACAGUGAAGGUGAAGAACAUUGCUUUUGAAAAGACUGUGAAGAUCAGGAUGACAUUUGACACCUGGAAAAACUUUGUAGAUUACCCAUGCCAGUAUGUCAAGGAUAUGUAUGGAGGGUCAGAUCGGGACACGUUUUCCUUUGACAUCACCUUGCCUGAUGGAAUUCAAUCCCAUGAAAGAGUAGAGUUUGCCAUCUCCUUUGAGUGUAAUGGGAAGAUGUACUGGGAUAGCAACAGGGGCACAAAUUACAGGAUCAUACGGUCAGAACUGAAGUCUGCCCAGGAAGCCGUCUGCCCCCCACGGAGCCCUGACUUCAGCAGUGCCUUUGACCAGUUUGGGAGUCCUCGGUGCUCCUAUGGUCUCUUUCCGGAGUGGCCCAGCUAUUCGGGCUAUGAGAAGCUAGGGCCUUACUAUUGACCCAAGGACAAAGUCCCAAUUAACUGUUACUGGAGUGUCUGCAGGCCUGGGAGCUGAUCUGAACAUGAGGUGUACAGAGAGGUGGAAGAAGAAUAGCUCCAUGUAGCUCUUCAUAAGCCUCCCAGCAAACCCAGAUGUGCUUUGCUGGCAGCGAGCUUGUUAGCUGGGGAAGCAUCUCCGGCAUAAAGGGUGCCUUCCCUGCCUCAGCUCAGAUAACUGGCUCUCUGGAUGUUCUAAGGACCAGGAGCUGUUGCUCGUGUGUCUCUUCAGUGCUGCUACUCCUUCCUCUUCUGUAAAGCUGCUAGUCUCCAGGGAAACACUACAGUGCUUAUAUUGUCUGUCCAAGCAGUGGUAGUGGUGGCUGGUUUGUAUUGCUUGCCUAGUGUUAAAAGGCUUUUUCAAAAUAUGUUCUAGUAUUAAUUUUUAGCUGGCUGUAUUUCAGCUGCAGGUUUCUCACAAAGCUGGCCUGUGCCUGUCAGGAAAUAAGAGUGGCUGGCUUGCAGGGAGUGGAGUUCUCUCCUUGCAUGCAUCCUUGUAGUGUUAGGUCCUUCCUACUGGAGGCAGAAAGGAUGUUUUGGAAAUGAAAAUGCAAAUGCGAUGACAGGAAAUGUGGCCCUACAGCCUGCCAUAUUAGGAGGCGUGUGUACUCGUGGGAGAGGAUCUGAUAUGCUUAGUCACCAGUUGUUUUAUCACAUGAUCUUGAAAAAUUCUCAUUAUACCCUCGGUGUUACCAAAAAUAGAGAUCAUAUGUAGCUUGUGGUGCUUGUGACACAGCUGUGGGUUGAGUCUUCACUGCCUUCUUCAAAAUCUUCCUGUUUCUUUAACCACAAGCGAUCAAUGAUGCUUUUUCCCCCUUGAUGGACAUCUGAAGUCAGCUAUUGGCCAUGCUGGGUCCUGAAAAUACGGUUCUUCCUCCUGUGGACUGUAAAACAGGGCUUUGUUGAACUGGGGCCCCGAGUCCUGUGCAGGAGGCUGUGCUCGGGUGUUACAGAAGCUAAAUGCAAAUGAGCCAUAUGGCUCUUCUUUGCUGCGUUCUGUGACAAAAAGGUAACCAUUGUAUACCUGCUGCGGCAGAAGUGCCUUGACUGAGAAAGGGGUGGUACCUACGAUCCCAGCAAUACUUUGGGAUAAACAGGCUUUGUAAAUUAUCUUGCUUUUUUUACGAAGAUCUCCUAAUGGUUUGCCACCCCAUGCCAUGGACUGUUUGGUAGCUGGAUGCUGUGCCAUAUUGGAUGAGUAUUAACAUACUGGCCUUGCCUUGCGGUUGUAGCAGUAGCUGCCGUUUCAGCCUGUAAAUGCCUGAACUUGUGUGUCUGUGUCCGUAAGAAGCAGCUCACUCCACCUGUGCAAAGAACGAGCUGUGAGAAGUGUGAGGUGUGGGGUUAUCCUGACACCACCCUGGAUGUUAAACAAAUACUGAUGUGAGCUCUCCCUGUUUUCAGAGCGGUGGCUUGUCCUCUCCGCCUGUGCUGAGGUGAAGUGGCCAGCUUGUGCAGUGCCAAGCAGCCUUGCAACCUUCUUACGUGCUAGUUGAGCAGAAUAACUUAAUCCCUCAAGCCAAAGGGAGAGUGCCAAAUAGUUUAUAGAAAUAGAGGUAAAGGGAAUCUUACUUUUUCUAGUGCAUAAGCUUUAUAUAUAUUUUUUUGGGUGCCUAUAAUAGCCUAUGGAUGGCCCCAAGAGAAGCAAUUGGCUAGGCUACUUUUUAGACCUAGCUUAUAAUUCUGGAGGCUACUGUAUAGAAAAUACUUGCAAGCUGUUUUACCCUAACCUAGAAGGGGAUACCAUGAUCACUGUUGGAUGCUGAAAGGGACAAGAAAAGCUUGCAGUAGGAAUAGCUAGCCUUCAGCUGCUGCUUUUUCAACACCCGGCAUCAGUGUGUGUCAUCACAGUGCUUGAUCACUUAGUUCAGGCAGUAGAUCUACUUGCUAGCUCAGUGCUCAUUAGGUUUGGUUCCUCUGUUCAAGCAGCUUCUCAAGUCAGACCUUCUAAUCUGUAUCUAGUCUGUCUUGAAGGAACUGUUGCCUAGCUUAGCUUGAGCCUGGUUUUAAACUUAAAGCAAGUCCGAGUGAUGUUGAUAAUUUGUUUCUUGUUUUUUGUUUUCUUUGAUUUAGUGUAUGAUGUUAAAGACACUGACUGUAGAAAAGUCAUGUUCUCCUGGCAUGCUGUUAUGCCUACAGGAGCUGUUUGUGGGCUGAAACAAGGCAUGUAUGUGUGGGGUGCUGUGGAUGGUGGUAACUCCUUAUGGGAGCUGUCUGGUUUCAGGUUGUGGAUGGGAUGUCCGUAGAAAGGAACGUAGAAGAUAAGCUAGAAGAGCAAUGCUGUAAGUAAAACCUAGGCUGGGAACUGACUAUUUGACCAAUAGCAGUUUAAAAAUGCUACUUGUGGCCUUUCUCCUUUUCCCUUUUUCCUUUGCCAAUGUGAACAUAGAAGUGAGGGGUCACUCUUCUCACUCUAUGACUGGAAGUGCCUUGUGGGGUGUUUGGCAUGUUUGUUUUAAAAAGAUAUUUUUGUACACAACAUCCAAGUGGAAAAUGCACUUUAUAAUUGCCAUGUAAUGACUCUUUUAAAAACUAUGGUUCUGUUUUUAUCUGAUUGUUAAAAUAAAGGUGGAACAAAACGUUGGCUCUGUACCCUGCAGUCUUCUUACUUAAACACCCAUGGGGCUGAGGAGGUGAUUUGGAUAUGGGACCAGCUUCCUGCAAGUGGCCAUUAGCAGGGAGAAGCACACGUCCGUAGUGGACUCUGCCUGAAACAGGAAAGAGCUGCCUGUUCCUGCUGCCUUCCUAUCAACACAAAUGCUUCCAGAUCCUUUGCAGCUGGGGGAAGGAAGAGAUGAGAGGCACCAGGCUCUUGUCUCUGUGCUCUGAAAUUUCUCUGCUAAGCACUGUGUUCCUGAAGUACUCUUCACUCCUCCCGAGUCUGCCAGGAACAGCCUUUUCAGGUUUUUCUGCAUUUACUUCAGGUCAGUCUCGGUCACGGUCACGGCUUGAUCUGGGAUCAAUGCUUUCUCUCUGCCUCGGUGUGAUGGAUGCUAGGAGAGGUGUUGCACUAGGAGAGUCAGGCUCUUUUCUAAUACCAGGAUCAAGUGAAAGUCGGACCCUGCUUCACCUCAAACUAGUUCCUGUUGUCACUGCAAUAAAAAGCACUGCCAGGAAAUGUGCCCCUUUGCAGAAAGGAUAUCAACUCCUGUGUAAAUGCCAGCCAGGGCUAGUUUUAGGACUUGACCUGGCUUUGACCGCAAAGACCAGGUCUUGGUGAUGCCCUGAAGGCAUCGCAUUUCAGACAAUCAGCUCUGAGUUGUGUGGCAUUUGGCACUUACAGAUAAGGUAAGAAGGAAAGCUGGGGUGGGAAGCAGAGACAGUCUUGGCGUGCACUCGCUUGAGGGGUUUUGCAGGUGGUGAUUCCUGUCUUGCUGUACAGCUUUGCAGAGUGUGCUGAGCCAUUGCUCUAUACAGAAAUAAAACUGAGCAUGUUCUUAUUGUGGCUUUUUAAGAGUCUCAUAUUCAUAAGAUGAGCUAUCUUUCCAGUGUUUUGCUUUCUGCAGCAGCUGGGUAUGGUAAAGUUUUUUGUUUCUUGGGUUCCUCCCCCAGUCUUUGCAUCAGAAAAUCAAGCAUGCUGCUAUGGUGGAGUGCAAGCUCUUCUACCCAGUUUUGAAGCUGUUCUUCAAGACUGAGGAGUACGGGAUGUGUAUGCACCUGGGAAGAGAGUAUUGCAUGCUGUUCUUUGCUGGUUUGUGAUCUUUCAGUCCUCUCUAGCUUGGGGGACCCUGUGCUGGCUGUCACCCAUUGCAGUUUGUGCCCAGAGGCUCUUCUGGCAUUGU